UUCUGCGACGGUUGUACGAUGGCGCGGGAGAAGGAGUCGCACGCUGCAACAUCGAGCGCGGCGACCGAGCCACAGGAGAAGAGUAUACGUCUUCGGUUCCUUCAAUUCCUGGACAGUCGACCAUGGCAUUACUUCUUGACGACGUUGCUUCUCCUCGACUUCCUCGGCAACUGCAUCGUGACGAGUGUUACGUCGACAGAAACGUUCUACAAGGCCGCACCUACGACGCGAUUCAUGUCUUCCGCGUGCGCGGCCAUGUACCUCACAGAUGCCUUGGGACGGCUCAUGAGUCUCCGUCGAUCGUACUUCCGCAACACCGCCACAAUCUUUGACGGGUUAGCGGUCGUACUGCUAUUCCUCGCCCUGGCUGGACGGUUUGUCUGGGCUGACGACGUCACCGAGGUGGUCUUGACGCAAGGUGCAUGGACGAACAAGUACGAACUCUUCCACGAAGUGAACACGAACCAGAAGGAGCAGUACAUUGCCGCGACAUACUGCCUCUUUGUUGCGGCGCGCAUUUGCCUCAAGCCCCGCGCGCGGACGUUUUCAAAGAAACUACACAAGUAUGCCAACCACGACCAACUGCAGAUCAACUUGCUGAGUUUGCGCGCGGCGAUUCACCGCAUUCCCGGCAUCUCGGCGGCGUCGGUCGACAUGAUGGAGACGGACUUGGCGCUGAUCUGCGGCCGCCAAGAUGGCUGCAUGGUCCGCGAAGAACUGAUGCAAUUCCUCCAAAAAGCCAUGCAGUACCGCCCCAAGGAGCUGUCGGUGGACGCAUUCCUGACACAUUUGCGACACGUGGACGCGACGUGCACCAUGCAGAGCACGUACGGCGCGUUCGAAGUGAUCAAGUCCACGUUUCGCCACUGGACCACACAACAGGUGGACUUGUGGCUGACGGUGCUCGUGGUGGUGCUGUACGCGUGCAUUGUCCCAGCCAUGGCGUACUGCCUGCAGAUCCUCACGGACCAAGCGUUUCCGUGGUACAUGACGCUGAGCCCGGACUUUCCAUAUUGGGACUACUCUGGCCAGAAUAUCAUCAACGUGACCAAAACCAUCACGUACAAGGACGAAAUGGCCAACGAAGACGGCAAGAACCCCAAGGAAAACAACUUGAACAUCUUUAAGCCGCUCCAGUCGCUCCAGUUUGGCAUUAUGGGCAUCUUGGCGCUGGCCGUGCCGUUUGUCGUGUGCGAUUACGCCAUGGGGUAUUUCCAGGCGAAAAUGAUUGCCAAAGCCACCCAGCGCAUGCAAGACAAGCUCCUGUCUGUGAUUUUGAACCAGCCGAUUCAGUUUUUCAACCAACGCACGGACGGCGACCUCAACAAUUUGUUUCAGUCGGACAUUGCACGAGUGAAUGCGAUGUGGCAGGCCGUGUUUUGGAACUUGAUGCAACCCAUCGUCACGAUCGCGAUUGGGUUUGGGUUCUUGGUGUACAUUCAACCGGUGCUGGGUAUCAUGGCGUUCUCGUUUGCUGCGAUCGUCGUGUCGUCGGGACCCCAGGGCCUGGCAGCGUCCAAGUCGGAAGAAUUUGGGAAAAAGAACGCGUUCGUGUCGGCCGAGUACCAAAACGCCAUUGCGUGUCAAAAGGUCGUGCGCGCGUAUGCGAUACAGUCGCCGCUGCUGGCGAAAUUUGGUGCGUCGAUUCAAUCGCUGGGGGUCGCGCAGUUUGGCAAGGACUUUUGGAGUGGCAUUGUACAAAUUUACAUUGAAAGCGCCAUGUUUAUCUUUGUCGCAGUCAUGACUGCAUGCUUGUCGAUCAAGGUGUACAACGGAGACAUUACACCGGGUGAAUUCUUUGCCAGUGUGACGCUGAUCAGCCGCGUGUCGACCCCCGUAAGUGUCUUAGGCGGGUUUAUGCGUGUAGCCAUUGGCAACGCCAGUAGCUUGCAACGUCUGGACGAAGUGCUGCUGAUGGACGAAAUCCCCAAGGGCAGCGACCACACUGCACACCCUUCGCCAAAGUUGCCACCAAUGCAAAAGAACAUUGCGCUGCAUCACGUUCACUUUCAUUAUUCCGCCGACCGACCCCCCAUCUUGCACGACGUGGACGUUGUGUUUAAAAAGGGCGAAUACAGCUGCAUCGUCGGGCCUAGCGGGUGUGGGAAGAGCACGCUCUUGGGCUGUCUCAUGCAGCUGCAUCCCGUGUCUGCCGGGCAGAGUGUCGGUGGACGGCGCGGACGUCAAGCAAUUUUCGAAGCGAAGUGUGCGCGACCAACUGGCGGUCGUGUUUCAGCAAGGCGGGAUUCUGAACGGGAGCAUCUUGGACAACAUCCGGUAUGGCCAGCCCACGGCCUCAGACGACGACUGCAAACGCGCGGCCGAGUCGGCGGAAUGCCACGAUUUUAUCCAGCAGCUCAAGGACGGGUACGACACGGUCGUGGGGCAGCAUGCGCUGGUGAAUUUGAGUGGCGGGCAGCUGCAGCGGAUUUGCUUGGCGCGCGCGUUGGUCCGUAAACCGAGCGUGCUCUUGUUGGACGAGGCGACGAGUGCGCUGGAUUCCAACACGGAAGCCAACAUUGUGGCCACGUUGGAGCGGUUGACGCGAACGCUCGACAUGGCAGUGAUUAGUGUCACCCAUCGCUUGGACACGACGCGCAAUGCAGACCUGAUUGUCGUCAUGGACGCGGGAAGUAUCGUCGAGUAUGGCAAAUUCCAAGAGGUAUACACGAUGAGUUCGUAUCGAUUCCGUUCAUGUGUGGGAUGGUGUAGUUGGUGGCCAAACCCAACUCGAUCUUUGGCAACUUGAUGCAAAAAGUGGACGACACGAACGACGUGGCAGACUCCCGGCGCCCGGCUACGCUGUCGUUCAACACGUACACGCGCAACGAGGACAUGGGCAACAUGAUGGAAACCCACCAAGCCUUGAUGGAGUACCAGAGGGCCCUGAGCAUACGUUCGGUAGGAUGAGCAACUUCAUAUUGGUCGAUGGUUGAUGUUGUGCAGGACGACGACGAGUUGUCGGCAUGGCAAGUGCGCAAGAAUACUUCGUCCAAGAGACAACUGUCUCGCAUUUCCCAUCGCUCAAACCAAAGCACCGACGACAUCGCGAAUGGAACGAAUCGCGACAGUUACAUUGUGAUCUAACGACUUGCAAAGUUUGUAUUUGUUUCAUCCA